AUGAAUGGAAUCAAGGCUGAGGCCUCCGCUGAAUGGAUACCGAUUUAUCGUUUUAAACUAAUCACUGUGAUAGCGGCAAUAUCGAAGAUUAAAAUCUUGCAAACGGCGUUGACCGUGGUUUUGGUGCCUGUAGCCUGGAAACAGUACAUGGAUGCAGCACAAUCACCUACUUUAGUCCUAAUCAUUUCCUUCGCCGCGGUGGUCGCUUUGGUCAUGCUUUACGUUGUAACGGCUCUCACUCGCCGCACGAUUGGCGUCAUCAGUAAACAUUGGUUGCAGAGCGUUGUCCGCAUAGGUUACCUGGAUUUCUGGGGCUUUAGGCGAAACAUAAUUGUACCCAUCGAAGAUCUGGUUCCAUUGACUGACAUUUCUUACGACAAGCGAGGAGCUUACCUGAAACUCGAGAGGUUACUAGGCAAUUCCUAA